ACCCAUAUCAUAUCUUCACAUCCUUGCAUUCAAAUCUCUCACCUUUUCAAUGGCAAAACCGGUCAUAAUCAUCAGUCAUUUAAGUCUUCUGUUGUUGAUCCUGAAUGCUAAUGCAUUUGAAUUCAUGGUUGGAGGUUCCGGUGAUUGGAGUCUCGCAUCAACCUCAUAUAAUCAAUGGGCCGAAAGAAGUCGUUUUCAAAUUGGAGACACCGUUUUGUUCAAGUACCAAUCCGGGAAGGACUCGGUGGUUCAAGUAACAAAAGAAGAUUACGACAACUGCAACGCAGCAUCACCCAUUGCAAAGUACGAUGACGGUCAUUCCAUGGUCAAACUGAAUGAAUCGGGGCCUCAUUACUUCAUAAGUGGACUUGUAGACAACUGUAAAAAGAACGAAAAGGUUGUAAUCGUUGUCAUGGCAGAUCGGAGCCACCGGUCACCGCCAAGUUCUCCACCGUCUCCCGCUCCGGCAGGCGAAGAGUCGCCAUCUCCUCCUCCGGCCGGCGAAGAGUCACAGUCUCCACCCCCGGCUCCGGCAACCGAAGAUAAUAACCCGACAGCAUCUCCAAAUGUUGCAACAUCAAUCAUCACAAGUUCCGUGUACUCUAUUAUUGCUUUUGUGGGCUCUUCGCUUGUCUUUGUUUUUUGAGUUGAUUUACAUAAAGGAUAUGGUUUGCUUUUGUUGUUUAUUCUUGGGGUUUUGUGUGUGUGAUACGCAAAUAAGUUGUAACUAUGAUUUUAUUAAUAAAUAUUGUGAUUAUACAA